AUGUCUGAUCCCGCCAAGUCUGCACCAGCGCCUAAGAAGGGCUCUAAGAAAGCCGUGACCAAGACUCAGAAGAAGGACGGCAAGAAGCGGAGGAAGACCAGGAAGGAAAGCUAUGCCAUCUACGUGUACAAGGUGCUCAAGCAGGUCCACCCUGACACCGGCAUCUCCUCCAAGGCCAUGGGCAUCAUGAACUCCUUUGUCAACGAUAUCUUCGAGCGCAUCGCAGGGGAAGCCUCCCGCCUGGCUCACUACAACAAGCGCUCCACCAUCACCUCCCGGGAGAUCCAGACCGCCGUGCGCCUGCUGCUGCCUGGAGAGCUGGCCAAGCACGCCGUGUCCGAGGGCACCAAGGCCGUCACCAAGUACACCAGCGCCAAGUAACCUGCUCCGCCUCCUGCUGUCACCCCAAAGGCUCUUCUAAGAGCCGCCACAUUGUCUAUAAUAGAGCUGGGGCUUCUAUCUGCUAGAAUUAUCCUUGUUAUAUUUGUGGCUGAU